AUGAUUUCAAUAACUGCUCCAAUCCGUUCAGACUUCUUUCCAUUGAAACUUUCAAUAAAUCUUGAUAAAGUUUAUAAAAAAUUAAUACAACCUCCUGUAAUAUCUACUUCUGAACUAGCCUUAAAGAAAAUAGAAAAACAUAACUCUUCUAUACCGGAGUUACGUCAUAAACCUUUUAUUCCUUCACAACUUGGUCCAAAUAGAUCGGAUGAUUGGUUAUCAGCGGUCGAUUAUUUGCCAAGUGAAAGAUACAAUAAAAUGAUUAGUUCAACAGCAGCUUAUAGAGCAGGGGAUCAAUUAUAUGGUUGGAUUAAUACCGAGUCAGAAGAAUAUUUAUUAAAGAAAAUUGAAAAUAAUGACACCGAAGAAUUAAGUAUAAUAUCGUUUGGUGGUGACUUACUUUUUGAUUCAUCAUUACCAAUAAGGGAUUCAAAUUUAAGGAUUAAUGAAGAUCGUCCAAAGCUUAAAAAAUACGAUAGAAUAACAAAUAAAGAUAAAUCACCUUCUGAAACUUUGGAAGAUGCAAGAAAAUAUUUAACUGUUUUAUUAACAUACUUUUUAAGAAUUAAAUAG